AUGGCCGCAGCAGAGAAGACAAGACAACAAGAACAACAACAACAGCCAACCCUCCAGCCGGAGGAGUACUCCGAAGCUGAUUAUGAGACCGAUGGCUAUGAAUACUCCGACGACGAUGAACUCGCACCUCAGCCUCAAAAAUUGAGCCAGCAAACGCAGUCGCGAAGACAACAGCAGCAACAGCGCAGAACACAAAAAGACGACUACGUUGACGAUGACGAAGAAUACUCUGAUGACGAUUAUACCUCCGACGAGCUGUAUUCCGACGAGUACUCUGACGACGAUGACUAUGCCGACAACAAUGGCAUCCAGGGCAAUGCCAUGCAGCCAUAUCAAACAGGCAGAGACGGAAAGUUGAUAAACAGCAACAAUAUCUCCGGGGGAAACAUUGAGGCUGCUCAUAAGAAGGGGAAGAGCAUAGAUGAUGAAGAAGGAAUGAAACUCAAGUUGGAUUUGAAUCUAGAUAUUGAGGUUGAGCUCAAGGCGCAGAUUCAUGGCGAUAUUACUUUGGCUUUACUUGCAUGA